AUGUUCACACAGCCGCAGAAUCUAGUGCAGCAGCUCCAUCAAAGAACCGAAAAAUGCACCGUGGGAUGUCCCGUGCUUGAUCGCUGCCUCAACGGCGGCGUACCGACUAAAUCAAUAACCGAACUCGUCGCCGAAAGCGGAAGCGGCAAAACCCAAAUCUGCCUCCAACUCGUCCUCUCUGCUCAGCUUCCACCUUCCCACGGCGGCCUCUCCGCCUCAUCUCUCUACAUAUUCACCGAGUCGCCUUUCCCCGUCCGCCGCCUAAAACAACUCUCCCGCUUUCUCCUUUCAUCUCACCCCGGUCUUCUCAGCUCCGAUCCUCUCUCCCGCGUCUUCCUCCGUGGGAUUUAUUCCGCUGAGAAUUUCGUUAACUUAUUACCAGACAUUGAGAUUUUUCUUACUUACUGGAAAUCACGAUUGUUACCUGUUAGGGUAAUCGUUGUUGAUUCUAUUGCUGCUUUGUUUAGAUCUGAAUUUGAUAACACUAGAUUCGAUCUUAGGCGUAGGUCGUCGCUGUUUUUCAAGAUUUCUGGUGGGUUGAAAUCGUUGGCGGAGAGGUUUGGGUUGGUUGUGGUUGUUACGAAUCAAGUUGUUGAUUUGAUGAGUGAGGGUGAGAAUGGAGUGAGAAUUGGGAAUUUGAGUGAGAUGUAUUCGUCGGGGCGAAGGGUUUGCCCGGCGUUGGGUCUUUCGUGGGCGAAUUGUGUGAAUUCUAGAAUGUUCUUAUCGAGGGAUGAAUAUGGGGAAAGUAAAAGGAGAAGGAUGAGUGUUGUUUUUGCUCCUCAUUUGGGUGAAUGUUGUUCUGAGUUUGUUAUUACAGGAGAUGGUGUUUUUGGUGUAGAGAUGAUGGUGCAAAGGAAUGUAUGA